CUUUGAAAAGCUCUCCCUCUCUCUCCUCCUCCUCUCUCUCUCUCUCCUUGUUUUUCAAAAGCAACCAUUUUCGUACACCACCUUGUAUCAGCUACUUUCAGCACAAAUCUCGAGACCCUUUUGGACGAUUAAGCAGGAACACUUGUAGAGAGUGAAAGAGGGCUUCUUCCAUGGCCGUCUUAUGAAAAAUCUUGAUGAGGGUUUCCUAGUUUCUGCCGCAAAAGUUCAGAUUUUUCAACUAGUGAUUUUCUUGCAGAUUGAUUUUGAUGCAGAUUCUGCAUUGAGAGGAGAGAGAUGAUGCAACACAAACGAGGCCCUAUCUCUCUUGAGCAAAACAGCUUCACCGACUUGAUGCCGAAACGGCUAAAGACCGAUGUACCCCUCUCUACGAAGGAAAAGAAAGAGAAGGUUAGUGAACGAAUUUCUGCUCUUCAACAGCUCGUCUCACCUUAUGGGAAGACGGAUACAGCUUCGGUACUUCUGGAAACAAUGGAAUACAUAAGGUUCCUCCAAGAACAGGUUAAGGUAUUGAGUGCUCCAUACCUUUAUAGUACUCCGACUCAAUCACAGGAAGAGGAGCAGUCCAGCCUGAGAGGUAAAGGGUUAUGCCUUGUUCCCGUUUCGUUGACAGUUGGAGUUGGAAGCAGUAAUGGUGCGGAUAUAUGGGCCCCCGUUAAGACGGGCCCGCAAUAUUCUAGAAGAACGGUUUCCGAUGAAGCUGCUUCAGCCAUUACUCAGAGCUGAGUUAUGAUGAAAUCGAUGUGUUAGUUUUUUUGGGUGCUGAAAAAAUAUUUCUUGUUUUGUUAGAAAGGUAGUGCAUGUAUGUAGAUGCUGCAACAAGAAUGUAUAUCGAUGAGUAUGUGUCGUAAAUCUUGAGUUAUUCAACGUCAUAAGUUGAGAUAUUAAACCGUAUAAGAGGAGUUAAACGAUGUAAUGGAUCCAUGCGGAUUCCGUCGGGAUCAGUCCAAGUCCAAUCCACUUUGGAUCUGUUCGUAUAGAUUAGUUUCGGAUUCGAUUCUUUUUCGAUCCAAUUCAAAAAUAUAUAUAAUAAGAGUAAACCACUCGAAAA